UCUUACUAAUAACAAAAACCAACAAUAAAUUAAUUUAAACAUUUAGUUGUCAAAAAAACUAUUUUAACCAUGUAUUCGAUCCCACAGGCAAUCAGUCGCCAAGCAUAUUUCUAGCAGAGCAGACCGGCACAUUUCCCCGAAAUAUCUCAAAACAAACAACCAUGGAUUUCUAUUAUCUACCCCUUUCGGCUCCCUGCCGCUCAGUCUUGAUGACAGCCAAAGCUCUUGGCAUUGAAUUGAACAAGAAAUUACUUAACCUCUUCGAGGGUGAACAUUUGAAACCCGAAUUUUUGAAGAUCAAUCCUCAACACACCAUUCCCACUCUGGUGGACAAUGGCUUCGCCCUGUGGGAAUCUCGUGCCAUUAUGGUAUACUUGGUGGAGAAGUAUGGCAAGCAGGAUGAUCCCUUGUAUCCCAGUUGCCCCAAAAAACGUGCUCUCAUCAAUCAACGUCUCUACUUCGAUAUGGGUACCUUGUAUCAAGGUUUUGCCAAUUAUUUCUAUCCCCAAUUCAAGGAGAAGAAACCCGCCGAUCCAGAGUUGUUCAAGAAAUUUGAGGUUACUUUGGAUUUCUUGAACACAUUCCUGUCUGAAUCGAAAUAUGCUGCCGGCGAUUCUUUGACCUUGGCCGAUUUGGCUCUCUUGGCCUCGGUUAGUACCUUUGAAGCUGUCAACAUUGAUGUUAGCAAAUAUGAACAUAUUGCCAGAUGGUAUGCCUUGGUCAAGGAAACCGCACCGGGUGCUGAUGAAAACUGGGCUGGUGCCUUGGAAAUGAAGACUUUGAUUCCCAAGUAAAUUUUGUGUAUUUUUUUUUCUUUUUUGUGAAAAUAUGUGCGAAUAUUUUUUUAAAUUAUUUUUUUGGAAAAUAAAUUAUUUUUAGUUGAAAUUUA